CUUGUUAUUACCUCAUACAGGCAGGCAGUCAAUGGAGGGAAGCGGUCACCGAGAUGUGCUCAUAUUAAUAAUAAACAAAGUAGAGCUCGUCUUUGACCAAACUUAGCUCUGGAAACAUCCACAACAGAUUUAAAUUGGCUUUUAUUUAUUUAUGUAUUUAUUUUUUUGUACCACAUUCUGAUAGUGGCUAUUUGCAUUUAUAUUAAUCCUCGCGUUGGCAUAGGCCCCAUUCGGAUACACAAGGCCUUGUGUGUUUGUGUAAUAAUAUAUUGUUAUUACAGGUUGCUUGUGCAUUCCAAAUUCAUAUACAAAUGGCGGAUCAGAAUGCUUUGUCAAUGCAACAGUUUUUGGACAGGAGUUGUUGGGUGUGCUUUGCAACAGAUGAAGAUGACCGCACAGCUGAGUGGGUGAGGCCAUGUAGGUGCAGAGGAUCCACGAAAUGGGUUCAUCAGGCCUGUCUGCAACGCUGGGUUGAUGAGAAACAGAGAGGCAACAGUACUGCCAGAGUGGCCUGCCCGCAGUGCAAUGCAGAAUACCUCAUAAUGUUCCCAAAACUAGGUCCUGUAGUGUAUGUCCUGGACCUUGCAGACCGUCUGAUCUCCAAAGCCUGUCCCUUUGCUGCAGCAGGGAUUAUGGUGGGGUCAAUCUACUGGACAGCAGUGACCUACGGUGCCGUUACAGUCAUGCAGGUGGUAGGACACAAAGAAGGCCUUGAUGUCAUGGAGAGGGCGGAUCCUCUGUUCCUUCUCAUUGGGCUCCCCACAAUCCCAGUCAUGCUGAUUUUGGGCAAGAUGAUUCGCUGGGAGGACUACAUACUAAGAUUGUGGCGCAAGUAUUCCAACAAGCUACAGAUUUUGAACAGUAUUUUCCCAGGGAUCGGAUGCCCUGUUCCUCGUAUUCCAGCUGAGGCCAGCCCUCUAGCAGAUCAUGUUUCAGCGACUCGCAUUCUCUGUGGGGCACUGGUGUUCCCAACAAUUGCCACCAUAGUGGGAAAGCUAAUGUUCAGCAGUGUCAAUUCUAACCUACAAAGGACGAUUCUGGGAGGAAUUGCCUUUGUUGCCAUAAAAGGAGCCUUCAAGGUGUACUUCAAGCAGCAGCAGUAUUUGCGCCAAGCUCACCGCAAAAUUCUAGAUUAUGCUGAGCAAGAGGAAGCUUGAGAAGAUGUAGAUGUGAAGCAAGGAACUCUGACUGCUGUACAGUGCAUCUUAUUAUUCACUACGUUAGAUUGUGCUGAAUUGGUUCCAUCUGUAACGUUUGCUAUAUGGGAUUAACUUUAACUGCUGGUUCUUUAUUUUCUCAAACGUAAUAAAAGCACUUUCUGAUGGCGAUACUAAUGGGGGAGAGAAAAAACCAAAUAGUCAUCUUUGAACCCAAAAAUGUGAUUUUUUUUUUAAAAACAUUUUAUUAUCGUCCAUAUCAUUACAGUUGUAGCAUGUUUUGACAUUAAUCUGAUCUGGUACUGAUGUUUUGUAACAGUGGGAAAGGGUAGGUGUUGGAGGGUUAAAAAUAUUUAAUAGCUAAAGACGGCUUGUAUUCUUUUGCUAGAGAAUGAUCUUUCUGUUGUCUGUUGGAAGUUACCAGUCAUUCCUCAGUCCAGCACAAAAACUCUUAUCUGAUUUAUUGGGACAUUUGAAACAAUUAUCUUGUUAACUUUUUUAGCUUUUGUAACAUCUCUGUCUAUUAUACAUUUUUACUUUCACCCUUAUCAGCUCCAUUGGGGAGCAGACACCUUAGCAGACCUGCUAUGAUUCACAGCGAGCAGGCACUGCCAAAAUGUCAGCAUGAUCGCUUCUCACUUCAUGCUUCAAGAUUGCAUGGGAUUUUAUUUUAUGUACUAGUCAGUGAUAAUAUUGCACAUUCGGGGAAAAAAUGCUCCACAAAUAGACAUAUACAUGUACAAACAUCUUUAAAUCUUUACUUUCACUCUAAAAUUGGGAUUUUGGUUAAUUGUUUCAAUUUCUGGAAAAUACUGCAAUCUUUCUCUGUUAGAUUGUGUGAAUAUACAAGAGAGUUGUAUUUUUGGUUUUUAAUAAAUGUUUUGAAAUCAUUUGUCUUUCUUUUCUAUCUGUGUUAUAAUCCCUACAUUACAGGUUGCAUUACUCAUGUUUGGUAUUCUAGUGUUGACUGUUUUGCACCCCAAAGGACAAGGUAGAGAACCUUUUUUGAUGUGGGUUAAGGAAACACUGGACACUAGACAACUUUAUCACUGCGGUCAGGGAAAGGCUCCCCUUAAUUUCAUCCAUUUAUUGUUAGUGUCAUAGAACUGAACACAGUGGCCAAAGCCAAUAUGUGUAUUGUUUUAUAUGUUGUCCUUUCACAUGAAGUAAACAUUUCUAUUAAGUGACUUAAUUGAGUUGCCUGACCGUGUUUAAAUGCAGUUUUCUUUGUCAGUAAUAUUACAGAAAUACUGCAACUGUAAUAAUAUGCCAAUUUGUUAGCAUGUGUUUAGUGCAUGGCAACCAAGAGGUUUCUUUCUAAUAACAAAUACUUAAAACAGUAUAUAAUUAUGUUGGUAGGUGUUUAAUAUAGGAUGUAUUUACUAAACUGAAAUAUCUUUAAAAUAUGAAAAUAAUAUAUGAAUGAUAUGAAAUAUUUAAUGUACAUGUUUUGAAAUCCUGACAAUUUGUAUACAUUGUGCUUUUUCUUUUUUUUUUUUACAACUGAUUAUAUUAGGGUAGUUUAAGGAAACAAUAAAGAAAAUAAAGGGCGGAUGCAGAAAUGGUUGUAUUUGUAUCUAAUUCAGAAAGGCACAAAUACAGUGGGCCAAAGUGGUAUUAUGAUGAUUUGGGUGUAAAUGGCACUCAUUUUGUUGGCCACAGUUUGUGUCUGCAGUGCAGCUGGCUCAUUUUCACCACCAUGAAUCAUGGCAACAAUUUUACAUCAUAACAUGUUUAAUGCAUUUGACUUGUUUGUUAUAAAUAUUUCUUUUAAAGUGCUAAAAGCUCUGUUUGCCUUGUAUAAAACUGUAUGCAUUGUACAGCAAAUGCCCUCUGACUGUUUCAUGGUUGAUGAUUUAAAUUGUGAAUAAAUGUAUUUUUACACCGA